UGUCAAAUGAACUCAAACAGUCGGGGCACAAUGCGCUUCCUGUAAAAUAUAAAUAAAACACAUGGCAACUGUUUGGAAGUUACUGCAAUCACCAGAGGAAUUCUACGCCGAGCUCCAAGACCGAUGUGAUUUAGCCGAGGCACGUCGUCUGGAAAGAUACAAAGCUGUGCUAUUGAUUCAACGAUAUACCAGAGGCUACCUGAUCAGGAAAUGGGUAGCAUGGCUGUCGUACAACGCUACCAUUAUUCAAUGUGCGUUCAGGAUCCACCUCGCAAGAAAAGCCCUGCGCGCGGCUUUGAGGAGAGCCGUAAGAUCGAAGCAUGCCAGGUUCUAUGCUUUGGCCGCUACAAAAAUACAGUCUUUAUGGCGUGGUCACUAUUCGAGACUAUCAAAGUUCUGCUACCGCUCUUACCGAAGAUGGCUUCGAACGGUAACCGAACGUGGAGACCGCCGGGCGGCUGAAGCUGCUGAAUUCGGCCUUCGAAGUCGAGUUGACAACCUCAGAAUUUUAGAGGAAGAAGCCCGCCAAUGGUUGGCGUUUGUCGUCUUCAAAUUACACCACUUGCUUAGAACCCAGAAUUGCGCCGGUGUCUUUUCCGAUAAAGCUUCAAACGAACUAUCCGAAUUCGAACAACUCUUAAAAGCCAUCAAAUACACGGACUAUAUGAAACGUUUGCGUCUAAAGUAUGAAGAAUUCGUCAAAAUACACAAAGCGAAAUUUUCAAACAAAAGGUUAUUUCCGGUAAUAGGUGUCGGUACAGAUUAUUGGUAUUUAUCAUUACCAGAAAUGUAUGAAUUAACAGCGCCUUCUGAGAAACCAACGGAUCUAACGAGACAUUUAGCAUUGCAUCACGGUAAAAUUCAUAAAGUACCAUUCUUAUGGAGAAGUGUAAAACCACCGUGUUUCAUCGAAGGCAGAGGCCCGUAUACUCCACAAAAAGCAUUGAAAAUCGUAAAUCCUCCUCCACCGUCUCCCACACCAAUUCCGGUGGGCGAUUCUGAGCACCGACAGGAUCCUAGAUUUUAUUUAUAUGUUAAAUAUUACAAACCGCGGCGUGAUGUUUUAGAUUACAUUGACUACCAUAUAAAUGUGGUUUUAACACGAAGAUGUUCCAUCCAGAAAAUGGAUAUAAAAUAAAAAAUUGGAAAUUUUGACCAUCGAAUUUAUCCGAAAAUUAUUGUUCGACAACAAUAUUAAUAACGCAACAACGGUUUGUUUGAAAAU